UAUUGUUAUAGUUUAUACUGUCUGUUUCUUUCAGCAUUCAAAUCGAACAUAAUUCUAUCACUUUCUUUGCGAUACGAGAUGUAUUUAUGUAAUAUUAUAGGUUAGAAAGUCAUGUUGACAUCUAGGUUAGUAACAAAUUCGUGGUGUAUAUUACAAAAACGGUGGUUGUCAAACGGUUCAGCAGCUCUAAGAAAGGAAUAUGGGGAAUAUGAGAUUAGAAAAAUUCGAAAUAUCGGAAUUCUGGCGCAUAUCGAUGCCGGAAAAACUACUACUACAGAAAGGAUGUUGUACUAUUCCGGUUUGAUUAAAUCUAUGGGAGAAGUUCAUCACGGAAAUACGGUAACUGAUUAUAUGGAUCAAGAACGUGAACGUGGUAUAACAAUCACCUCUGCAGCAGUAACAUUUGAUUGGAAAAAUUAUCGUAUUAAUCUAAUAGAUACUCCAGGACAUAUUGAUUUCACCAUGGAGGUAGAGCAGACACUAAGAGUAUUAGAUGGUGCAGUUGUCAUAUUAGAUGGAAGCGCAGGUGUUGAAGCACAGACAUUAACAGUUUGCAGACAAGCAGACAAAUACAACAUACCAAGAAUUAUUUAUGUCAAUAAAAUGGACAGACCAGAUGCCAACUUUGAUAUGAGUUUAAAAUCUAUCGAAUCAAAAUUAAAUACAGAUGUCUUGCCCACUCAGUUCCCAAUAAAAAAUGAAGGGGUCUUAGAAGGUAUUGUGGAUGUUGUAUCUUUAGAGAAAUUAAUCUUUGACAAAAAAUUGAUGGGCAUGAAAUACCAGGGGUCAAAAUUAUCUGAAUCUGAAGACAAGAGCUUGUGGGAAAUGGCAAACGAAAAACGUCGAAAUUUAAUUGAUAAACUAUCUAACAUAGAUGAUAAACUAGCCGACAUAAUUAUAGAACAAGAAUCUUUAGAUACAAUUUCUCCACAAGUGUUACUUGAUUCUUUAUAUAGAAGUACUCUAAACAUGAAAGGUGUUCCUGUACUCUUAGGCAGUUCUUACAAAAAUAUUGGGGUGCAACCAUUAAUGGAUAGUGUCCUUCUUUAUCUACCAUCACCCAAUGAAAACAAGUACUUGAAGUAUUACAAUUGUUUUAACAAACAUCUUUCCGCCAGAGUAUUUAAAGUAAUUCAUGACAAGCAAAAAGGACCAGUUACUUUUGUCAGAAUUUACACUGGUGCUAUAGAAAGGAAUAGCAGAUUGUACAAUGUUCACAAACGGGAGAGAGAGCAAGUAGGAAGAUUAUACGUCGCCUGUGCGGAUGAAUACGAAGAAGUAUCCAAAAUUACAAGUGGCAAUAUAGCAGUAGUUGGAGGAUUAAAGACUACAACUACUGGCGACUUGAUAACGUUCAAUGAAUCCGCGGCAAAUGAGGCGAGGAAAAAGCUCGAGUCGCUAAAAGAUAUUAAAAAAGAAGUAGUGGACGACUUCUUCGCUUCAAAUUCAAAAGCUUUAGAACCUGUUUUCUUCUGCUCCAUAGAAGCACCAUCUCUGUCUACACAGGCGGCUUUAGAGACUGCUCUUAAACAAUUAGAAAGAGAAGACCCAAGUCUGAAGGUAACUUACAAUACUGAGACUGGCCAAAUCGUGCUAGCAGGCAUGGGUGAAUUGCACAUUGAAAUUGUGAAGGAAAGGAUCAGAACAGAGUACAAAAUCGACGCUGACAUAGGUCCUCUGCAGAUCGCUUACCGAGAAACUAUCAAGGAAGAAGUCAAGGACACCUACUCCUGCGAAUAUAAAAUAGGAAAGCUCAAACCCAAAGUCACAUUGAUUAUGUCGGUGAUACCAAACUACCGUGAUAGCAAUACAUUGCUGUUGGAUAGGACACCAGAAUGUAUCGCUAACAUUGACGCUAUAUCAGAGAGAACGAUGAAAGCGGUCAAAAAUGGUAUCGAUUCGGUUUUAACAAACGGGCCAAAGUUAGGUUCUCCAGUGGUGAAUAUGGGCGUGAAAUUGCAUUGGUUAGAAAUCGGACGGGGUACCUUGCCCUCGAUAAUUACUGCUGCUGUAUCGCAGUGCAUCAGGCAGCUGAUGCGAAACGCCGAGCUGACGCUUCUGGAACCUAUUAUGCGAUUGGAAGUGGUGGUACCCGAAGAGUACUCUAGUGUGGUUCUAAAGGAUCUAUCCAAAAGACGCGCAGAGGUGCAGUUUGUCGACGUGCGUAGAAACAACAAGGUGAUAAACUGUCUCGCUCCACUGGCCGAGCUCCUAGGCUACUCAAAGGCAGUGAGGAUCAUCUCUUCGGGGCAUGCAACGUUCUCAUUGGAAUUCGACCAUUAUGAGAUGAUGGAUUCCAUGAAUGAAGCGGAGGCGAUUAAAAGGACAACAGGCUUCUAUUAGGAGAUCUUUGAACAGGAUACACGGAACUUGAUUCUGUACACACAUUCGUGUGACACGACAUUGUACAAAAUAUUCUGUUUGUUUUUUGUAUUGAGAAAUCAUCAAUUCGACUGUACAAAGAUAUAAAAUUCGACCAUUAA